CAUCUCUAGACGUUACAGUGGUUAUAGCGCAUAUUCUGAUCGUCAUUACCUCGCGAAUAGACCUAGUACUUCAAAUAUUUCGAUCCUGGUUUUUCCAUAAUUGGAGUUAAAUCCGCCUAAUUUUCCUCCCAAGCUCAAAAUAUCAUUCUUCUCUCAGGCCUUAUACCGCGAGUAAUCAUGACUGGAAAACAUCCAGUCAAGUUCGAUAAAUAUUUCAAUGUUGUUGCCGGAGAGCUGCGUGAUUCGAAGACGAAAUCCCAUGGCAUUGAUCCGUCCACGAAAUCCGAACUGUGGCCGGUGCCAGUAGCUACCGACAAAGACGUAGAGGACGCGGUGGCAGCUGCAAAUAAGGCCUUCGUGACCUGGUCCGAAACUCCAUUCGAAGAAAGACUCAAAAUGAUUAAAGAAUACCAAAGCGCCUACGAAUUGUAUCUCGAUGAGUUUACAAAUGUUUUGAUGAAGGAGGCUGGAAAACCAAGGGUUACCGCCAGUGGAGAAUCUGAGGACGCCUUGAAUCAGUUCGAGCACAAUUUAAAAUUAAAAUUGCCAGAAGAAGUGUUGCACGAGCCUGACCGAAUCAUCACCACACGACAUGUUCCUCUUGGUGUUGUGGCCGCUAUCUGCCCUUGGAACUUUCCCAUUGUCCUAUCGCUCGGAAAGAUCCUCCCGGCGAUUUUAGCGGGAUGCUGCAUCAUCAUCAAACCAUCGCCAUUUACUCCGUAUACCGCACUAAAACUCGCGGAGAUCGCUCAACAAAUCUUCCCUCCAGGUGUCGUGCAGGCUCUUGGAGGAGAUGAUGCCCUUGGACCCACUCUGGUUGCACAUCCAAAGAUCCAAAAAGUCACCUUCACGGGUUCAACUGCAACUGGAAAAAGGAUAUUCGCGGCCAGCGCACCAACAAUGAAACGCGUGGUCUUAGAGCUUGGUGGCAACGAUGCUACAAUUAUCUUCCCAGACGUGAAUGUUGGUGAAGUUGCCUCACAAGUUGCACUUGGAGCUUUAUUUCAUACAGGUCAGGUCUGUGUGGCAGUAAAGAGAAUAUAUGUCCACGAAGAUAUCUAUGAUCAAUUCUUGGAAGCAAUAGUACAGGCGGUCGCCAAAAUGAGCAUGGAUGGGGACGAAGUCGAAGCUCCCUGGACAUUGGGACCAAUACAAAAUAGGAUGCAAUACGAAAAACUUAGAGGAUUGUUGAAGGAAAUUGAAGCCAAAGGACUCAAGCUUGCUCUGGGGUCGGGAACCGUCGAGGAAAGCGAGGGCUAUUUCAUCAAACCUGUCGUCGUCGACAACCCACCCGAAGAUUCCCGAAUUGUAACUGAAGAGCAAUUCGGUCCAAUCUUGCCGAUUUUGAAAUGGAAAAACGUUGAGGACGUGAUCACUCGGGCUAACAACACUAAGAUGGGACUCGCAGCUUGCGUUUGGUCAGCAGACACAGCGGCAGCGGAGAAAGUGGGCCGCAAGUUACAGGCUGGAAGCGUGUUUAUCAAUGCUACUGCGCUGACUACUCCAAAGGCAAUGCUAUCAGGACACAAAGAGAGUGGCCUUGGAGGAGAGUGGGGCAGUACGGGUCUCUUGAGCUACUGCAAUGUGCAGGUCAUGCAUGAGUUUAAGUUAGUAUGACAAUAAUUGCUAGGGUCAAGUUUUGUGACAAAAUCGCCAUGGGAG